GGGGGAUUGUGUAGAAAGAUUGGCCUUGCACUUUUAGUCUUGUCUUAAAUAAGCGAGUUUUUUUUUUAUCUGUGGAGUUACGAUUUCUUAUGCAGGUAGGAGCUACUGCAUCAAUGCUGGUAAGAUGCCCCUUUGAAUAUCAAUUUGUAUCACUUGUAAUUUGGGUUCUCGUAAGUCACUAGAUCACAACUGUAAAAUAGUUACUAGUAUUCCUUUUUGCUAUGGUCUUUUUUUCUUUAGAGAUUAAUUAGUUGUGUGCAUUUGGUGAAGCUUUAUUGGCCCUCUUAUUUGGCUUUUUGAGUUGUUAUGCAUUACAGAUGCAUGUGAAUCUAAUCUUGUUAAACCGUUGUUUCUUUCUAAAUAUAUACUUUUGAUGGUGAGUAGAGUCAUCAGCUACUUGUAAUUCAUUGGUGUCUCUGGGUGAGCUUGGGCGAGGGACACUGCAACUUCUGAUGGGCAAGCCAUUGCGCAAGUGUCUAUUGGGAGAUUAGUUGGAUAUGUUUUUGUUCCUUAUGGUUUCAGUAUUCGUGAUUAAUUUUAUAGCUUCUGGUGAGACCAUCUCCUGAUUUGUCUUUCGUAUUUCAAAUAUUUGACAGGGAUUCAGUAUUAGAACAUCUUGUGCGGAUGGUGCAGUGUCGCGGAUUGUUUUCUACCCACUAUCAUCGAUUAGCUGUUGAUUAUCUCAAAGAUCCAAAAGUAUUACCAGUUUUUUAUCCGGUGUAAUCAUCAGUGGCAUAUUCUGCGUUGUUAGUUCUUCUCUCAUUGACAUCAUGCUGGUAUGCCAUGGUGAUGCACAUAGAGCACCACGUGAUUUUGAAUUCAGAAUAUGUUCUCUCUCAAUUCCAAUCCGAAAUUGAGCAUUCGGCCGGACUGAUACACCCUAUAAAUUCGUCCUCAACCAAUUUUGCAAAACUUUUGAGUUCAACUCUCCAAGAUACUAACCUUUCAUUCUCUGAUAUCAAGACCAAGGUGGCUCCGUUAUUAUUUAAAGCAUUUGAGACGGUUCCUAACUUAGCCCAAAUUUCAUACAUAGAAAAGAAAGGUUUAUUUUUCUCAUACUACACUGAUUAUGGUCAAGUUUUGGCAAUGUACUCAAACUCAUCAUCACUUUCCACUUCUUUUGGGGGUGCCUCAAAUUUAAGCAUAUAUUAUAUCCAGCCCGUAAAUCGUGACACUGGAGAGUUAUAUGGGAAAGCCAUAAUAUCUGAAGUACCAUCUAAUAUUAUCAAUACAAGUUGGUUUGUGAAAGCAGUUAAUAGUUCACUUAGUUAUGCCUCAUUGGGAACCAAGUGGAACAAUGAUCAUGAUCUUCUAUUCGUUAGUUCAUCUAGAAUAAAGGGGACACAAGUGAUCUCUCUAGGCAUUCCAGUAACAACUAUCACUGAUUUCUUCACUCCGGUUGGGGCGAAUUUGUCUUUGGUUACCAAAGAUGGAAAAAUGCUUGUAGAAGGGAUUCAAAAUACUCGUUUGGGCUUCUCUAAUGACAUGGUUUAUUUCCAAUCAGUGAAUGCAAAUGGUGAUCAAACAAGUUAUGACGGCGUUGUUUCAUGCAAAGAUGGAGAUGCAGAAGCUGCCUCUAUUUUGAAUAUUCAGGGUGUUGAGUAUUUAAUUCGCUGCUCCACCAUUGAUAUAAUGGAAAUAAAAUCGGUGUAUGUUUUGGCUGUCCCACGAAAAGGAUUGGACCACUUUGUUCUGGACAUUAAGAAAAAAGGAUUGGCACUAUUGACAACAAUGAUUGUCAUGAUACUCAUUGCCAUGGUCAGUUUUCUAUACAUAAAUGUUAGAUCAUUAAGGCGAGAAAUGCAUUUGUGUUGGUCACUCAUCAAACAAAAUGAAGCCACACAACAAGCUGAGCGAAAAUGUAUGAACAAGAGCCUUGCUUUUGCUAGUGCCAGCCAUGAUGUUCGCGCUUCGCUGGCGGGCCUUACUGGUUUGAUAGAAAUGUCCUUUCAUGAAGUUUCUCCUGAUUCUGAAUUAGGAACCAACUUAAGACAAAUGGAUUCUUGUACCAAAGAUUUACUAGGACUAUUGAAUUCUAUACUUGAUGCAAGUAAAGUUGAAGCUGGCAAAAUGCUGCUUGAGGAAGAGGAAUUUGAUGUAUUUCAACUCCUUGAAGAUGUGGUUGAUUUAUACCAUUCUGUGGCUAUGAAGAAAGGAGUAGAUAUUGUGUUGGACCCUUGCAAUGGUUCUGUACUCAGAUAUUCGCGCACGAAAGGCGACAGAGGAAAACUCAAACAAGUUUUGUGCAAUUUACUGAGCAAUGCUGUUAAAUUUACCGAGGAGGGGCACAUAGCUGUUCGAGCAUGGGCUCAGAAGCCAAGCUUGCAGAGCUCAAUGAUUGCUACUCACCAAUACGGGUCCAGUAGACUUUUGUCGCGCUUGUGUUGCCGCCAAAAUGAAGCACGUGAUGACGUGGAAGACUUGAACAUCCAACAAGAUCCAAAUUGUAUGGAUUUUACUAUUGAAGUGGAUGACACUGGCAAAGGAAUUCCUAAAGAGAAGCACAAGUCUGUUUUUGAAAAUUAUGUCCAAGUCAAAGAAACUACUCUUGGCCAAGAAGGAACUGGCUUGGGACUUGGUAUUGUUCAGUCACUGGUACGUUUGAUGCAUGGAGAUAUUGAAAUCAUGGACAAGGAUAUUGGUGAAAAGGGAACCUGCUUUAGGUUCAAUGUUCUCCUCACUGCCCAUGAGACACAGAUGAAUGAUGACACAGGAGAUGACCAAGCUGGAUCAGGUAACAAAAAUCAAUCUCAUGGACUAACCAUGAGUCCCAAGUUAUCUAUUUGGACCCGUAGUCCUAGAUCCGAGGCUUCUCGAGUUGUUUUAUUGAUUCAAAAUGAGGAGCGUCGAGGGACUACGCAGAGGUUCAUGGAGAGGUUAGGGAUCAAAGUUAAGGUUGUGAAGGAGUGGAGACAACUUCAUUACACUCUGAAGAAGAUCAUCAAACAAAAGGGUCUCCAUCCAAAUAGCUCAAGCUCGCCAGAGUCUUCAGAUUCUCCCUCUGCAUCAAGCUGCACAAACGGAGUCCCUUUGAGUGCACAAGAUGGAACUAAUUACAUAAGUUCAAUCUUCAAGAGAACAGAUAUUGAAGCUUCCUCGGGUUUUGUCCUGAUUGUGAUUGAUGCUAAUGCAGGACCUUUUUCAGAGCUUUGCAAAGUGGUAGCUGAGUUCAAAAGAGGCCUUUGUUAUCCUUGUAGGGUGGUUUGGUUGGAGAAUCCACUUAUACCUUCUGUGGACAACAAAAUCCUUAACAAGGAUGUUUCUAAUUCUAAUGACAUUGUCUUGUCUAAGCCACUUCAUGGUCAUCGUUUAUUCCAAGUCAUAAGGAUUCUCCCCGAGUAUGGAGGUGUUUGGCCAUGCAGUUCUAGUGAAACAAAGAAAGAAAAGGGUCAAGUUUCCUUAACUGAUGAAGGUGCAAUUCGACGUGUUGAACUACAAGAGUGUGGCAGCUCAAGCGUUACACAGCAAUCUUAUGAUAGAUCUAGAGCAAGAAAAUCUCAUAUCCACCAAGGAGAAAUACAAGAAUGUGAAGAGUUAAGCAAUGAAAAACCCUUGUGGGGUAUGAAAUGUUUGGUUGUUGAGGACGUUGUUUUGUUACGUAGGAUAACUAAGUCUACUCUUGAUCGGCUUGGUGCUUCUGUCAUGGAAUGUGAGAAUGGUGAACAAGCUGUUCAGACAGUUGAAGAGGGUCUAACUAGGAAUUCUUCCAAUCGUCCAUGUGAUUUCAUCUUAAUGGACUGCCAGAUGCCGGUAAUGGAUGGAUAUGAGGCAACGAGACGGAUAAGGGAGAUUGAGAAGUCUCAUGGUGUUCACAUUCCUAUCUUUGCAUUAACAGCUAAUACAGGGAAAGAGGCAAUAUUGUCCAUUGAAGCUGGAAUGGACGAUCACUUAAUCAAACCCAUCAACAAAGAGGCUUUACUUAAAGCCAUCAAAAGAAUAUAUACUAAAGAGUGAACAGUAAAUCUUAUCUUUUUUAAUUGCUUUAUAUGAUUGUUAUCAAGUUUUUAAAUUAAACAAUGACAGGAGAUAUCUUUUUACACCACUAACUAGCCUAUAUAUAAAACAGAAAUAGUAAAUAAAUAAAACAUUCAUGUGUCAUUGUUUAAUUUGACAAUUUGAUGGUAAUGACAUUAAAAAAAAUAUUUUUAAGUA